UUCUGGAUGCGCUCUUGGCUCGCUGGGCGUCGCCUCCGCUGGUUUAAAUACGGGAUCGGCAUUCGCUUGCCGACGGUCCUGUCCAACGACUCACCUUCCCAUCGUCUGGAUUGUCCACAUCGCUCCUGCCUGUCCAUCUCGCCCCAGCUCACAACAUGUCUGUCUAUGCCGCCCGGCUCCGAUCCGCAUCGUCCUCGCUGCGUGUCGACUGUGAUCGUGCCCGUCGCGAAGAUCUGUCCUCCCAAUCUCCACGGUCGCCUUCGUCUCGAGCUCGCUGGUCUCGCUCGCCCGUCGACCCUUCAGCCAACAACACCAUCUCCCAGCAUCCCGCUCAUAUGCUGUCAUCGAUUAUCAACACGGACGCCCCCGCCAGCCCGCGUCCUCGCUUCCAUUCCCGCCGCCCAUCUUCCUGCCGAUCACCUCUCCAGAGCCCGUCCUGUGUAGACUCGGAUCCAUCCAUCGACGGCAUCGAAGAUCUAUCCGACUUGUCGCCCUCAUGUCCGGUCUCGUCCUCGACGUCGCCCACCAUUGCUCUCCAGGGUGAGCUCUCGUCUGUCUCACUUGCUUUCCAGGACGGUACCGACGCCCAAGAAAACAUCGACAACCAGAGCGCCCUGGACGCUGCCGGCGCCCAAGCCGAAGCAUCGUCGCCCCAGCAACUCAAGUCUGCCACAACCAAAAAGAACGGCAAGGCCAUCGUCAUCGUUGUCCCGAUCGGCAACAACCGUUUCCAGAAGCGGUUCAAGUGCACAGUUCCUGGGUGUGACCGCACCUUCUCGCGAAUGGUCAACCUCGAAGGUCACCAAAACGCAACCCAUCUGAAUGUCAAGCCCUUCCAGUGCCAAGCCCCUGGCUGCCAUGCCAGCUUUGCCCGUCGCAACGACCGCAACCGCCACUUCCAGACCCUCCACCGCAGCCUGUACCAGCAGCAGGUUCUGUCGGGCGACUCUCCAGUGUCAAAAUCCGACAUGGAGCCUUCGUACUCCCGGGAGUCUCGAUCACCGCCCGCCCUCUACGACUCUGUUCAUCCGUCUCCCACGUCCCAGACACCCCACCCCCAGCGGGACCCUAAAUCAACUCCCCACGAGCGGCUCUCGCAGCAGGUUUCGACCCUGCCACCGUCGACGAGCCCGUCAAGUCCUGGGUACCGACAUGGCUACCCAAGCUCGCGAUUCUCGGCUUCGCCUUUGCUCCCAAGCCCCCCCAUGGACGCCGCCGACUCGAUUUCGAGCCGAGCCUACUCGGCUUCCCAGCACGAGCCAAGACUGCCUCCGUCCGCCAGCGAGCGACCUUAUCGACGCAGCCAUCCCUACGACAGCCGGCUGCAGGACACCUCCUACGCCGGCAUCCGCUCCCUGGAUGAUGCCCAGCUCUCGCCAAGAGAGCACCGCCCGAUGCGCGAUUCCUGGCGCUAUGCUCCCGAGUCUUCUCGCCGAGAGCUUCCGCCGACCAGGGCCGAGUACGAGCUUCCAUCUCCCACUCUCCGUGGCGACGACUCUUUGUCCCAUGCUGGUCGCUACCCCUCCAUUUCCAACUCACCCCACUAUCGCACCGCUCGGCCGGACCAGGAUUACCACUAUGAGUUAUACUCUGCCCAGCGGCCAUCUCGGGCAGACCACUACUACCGGUCCGUUCACGAUAUCUCUCCCCAAGACCAACAUCACCACGGGUACAGCCGCCAGGGCCACCCCGGGCACAACGAGCAGCACGGCCGUGACCAAAGCUACAUCACCCAGCCCUCCUACUACUCGGAUCGCGAGGAGACCGUUCGUGAGAACAGCCAAGCCAAGAGAAUGGACGUCUCGUCGCUGGUCUCGCCGCCGUCCUAUGGCAGCGAAGGCUACUCCGAGCACACCUACGAUGGCCACGGCUACACUCACCACCGCCACUACCACUCCCGCGAGCACGGCCACCAGCAGCGCGAACGCUACUCGUCCUCGUGGAAUCCCCCGUCAUCCCUCGAGCAGUAUCGCUCUUCUCCUACCUUCCAAGUGACAUCGACAAUGUCUCAGUGAUGACCUGGCGUCCUCCUCCACACAUUAUGAACUGCUGGCGGCUCGCUUUUGGAUUGCCCUCCGCUUCUUAUACCGUCCACACGUCCCACUUCCAAUGUUAGUUUGGUUGUCGUUUAGUUUCAGUUCCCUUCAUUUCA